UGCUGAAGUGUGGGAGGAGGAAGUUGACAUCUAGUAUAAAAAUGAAACAUUCAAUAGAAUUUUAACACUCCUGCCUUAAAUCAUACCUUUGAAAUCUUGGAGCAUGGCUGAGAAGCAGCUUUUUGUCGUGUUCGGGGCAACAGGUGCACAGGGAAGUUCAGUUGUAAAGGCACUUUUGAAGGAUGGAACUUUCAAAGUGCGGGGUGUUACAAGAAACCCAUGCAAGAAGGCUGCAAAUGACCUGAAGGAACUGGGUGCAGAGAUUGUCACUGGUGAUCUUGAUGAUGCAGAGUCUGUCAAGUCUGUUCUGACCGGAGCAUAUGGAGUGUUCCUAGUUACCAAUUUUCUGGAACACUUCAGUAAGGAAAGGGAGAUCAAACAGGGCAAACUGGUUGCUGACACGUCAAAAAGUCUGGGGCUUAAGCAUGUGGUUUUCAGUGGCUUGGAUAACGUCAAGAAACUGACAAAUGGUGAACUGGAAGUGCCACACUAUGAUAGCAAAGGAGAGGUGGAAGAAUACUUCAGGGAGAUUGAUGUCCCCAUGACAAGUGUCAGACUGCCAGCAUACUUUGAGAAUUUGUUGACACAUACCAAGCCACAAAAGGCUCCAGAUGGAGAUGGUUACACUAUUGCCAUACCAAUGGAAGACGUUCCAGUACGGUGUAUGUCAGUAGCAGACUUGGGACCCAUGGUGUUGAGCAUUCUCAAGUCACAAGAACAAUAUAUUGGAAAAAAUAUCAACCUUCAUACUGAUGAAGUAACUACAGAGGAGAUGGCUACAAUUCUAUCAAAACAUACUGGAAAGAAAAUACGGGAUGCAAAGAUAUCUAUUGAAGAUUAUGAGAAACAAAACUCAGCGAAAUAUAAAGCAAUGGCUAAUAUGUUUCGUUUCUUCAAGAUAAAAUCAGACUAUAACAAAGAAUUAACAUGGAAGUUAAACCCUAAAUCCAGGACAUUUGAUGAGUGGGUGAAAAAAAACACGGAUAUGCUGACAGCCAUUCUCUCUUAGUAUAUCAUGAUGGUUUAAUGGAAGCAUUUUACUUUAUUAUAGUUCGAUCUAAAGGAAUAAAAUGCUAAUUUGUUACAACAGUUUCA